AAUGGCUACAAAUCUAAAUAAACUAAAUGAAAAGGAAAGAUUACAACUUUGUCGUCGUUAUUUUCUAUUAGGAUUUGCAUUUCUUCCAAUUUUGUGGCUUGUUAAUUUUAUUUGGUUUUAUCGAUAUACUUUUGGUAAAAAAUAUAAAUCUGAUGAAAAUGUUGGAGAAACAAAUAAUAAUUUAAUAAAAGAAAUGAAACGUUAUGUUUUGUUGUCAGCAAUUGGAACAUUAAUUUGGGCAAUAUUAUUAAUUUGUUGGGUUUAUAUUUAUCAAAUUGAACGUUCCUUAGGAAAUGUUUAUUGGGCUGAAAUGUUAACUUAUAUUUAUCCUAUUGGCUAUGUCUAA